CAAACAGUAACUGAGUCCCUGUCUUUAUUGAUGUGGGAAUUUCCCCUGGAUCCCCACUGCUUUGUGAAUCAGUGUGCCUUGGGUCUCACUCUCUUCUAUGCACCAUCAGAAACUUGUUUUAAUUGUUCAUUUAACAUAUUUGCAGUUGACCUGUUGCAGCUCUGUCUUGAUAUCAGUUGUAUUAGAUCUUUGAAUAAGACGCUUAAAAGCGCUGUGUCCUGUAUACGGUAUCAAUACAGACAAAAUCCAUAUAUAAAACAGAUAUUUUCAGGGAAUUGGUAGUAAACUUGUGUUUAGGGAAAUUUUGUCUUUUCACUUCAUCAGGGAUCAACUAGUUGUUAUUCAAUAUUCAAAGGUGGUGUUUCACAAUUUCACAACUUACAUGGCUGAUUAAUUUACUGGAGGAAACACCAGGCUGUACAGUAUAUGCUGCCAAAUAAAAGGACUAUAUUAAUACUAUGAAAACAUAUUAAUGUCUCAGUACGCACUGUAUAUUUUGAAUGUCAUCUGAGGCACAACCUGGAAAUGAUACCACUUUGUUAUUCACGCACACACACACUGAAUACAGACAGGGUUUAUCUUUUGUCUUGUAUUUCCCAUGUUUGAGACAUUGGUGGGAAGCAAUGAUAAGGAAUCCUAACAGCCAAUGACAAGAUACAGUAACAUUUUUACAAAAGUCAUAACACUUAGACUCAUUGGGUAACUUGACUGUGUAGUGACAACAGCUCUUAGCCGAUUUUAUUAUGGUUGUUUUGUAUUUGUUUGUUUUUAAAAUGUGUACUAUUUGAUAGACUAUGUGAGGCUUAACACACAAAUGUCAGUUUCAACACUUUGAGGAAAACUGCCGUUACUUUUUGCUCCUAAUCUGUGGGGUGCCACACUGUGAUAGAUCCACGCCCGAAACAGAGUACACAAGAUGUUGACAUGUGUCCUUAUUUUCUCCACAUGCAUUUAAUGCAUGCAGUUGACUUGACCCAACACUCCAGACUAGCAGGAUUUACUCUGAGAAGUGUAAACAUUGUCUCAUCAGCCAAGACCAUUUGUUUUAGUCAGAAUAUGGGUACGGAGAAGUCCCUUCACCACAAUGGGUCACACAAGGCAGGAUUUCAAACCAGAAGGCAAACUUCCUUUGUCUCCAAACAAAACUUUCUACGACAAAAUGCAUUUGUUAUUCUCGCAGUAGCUGCAGUCUUUGCAGGAGUUAUACUGGGCUCCGCAUUGCGUUCCUGGUCUAUAUGUCCAAGACAUGUUCAGAGUCUCUCCUUCCCUGGAGAGAUGCUCAUGAGAAUGUUACAGAUGCUGGUGUUGCCUCUGAUAGUAUCAAGUCUCAUCACAGGAAUCUCCUCACUGGAUAAUAAUGUAGGAAGGAUGGGAGUGCAGGCCCUCAUAUACUACAUGCUGACCACCAUCAUAGCUGUCUUCACUGGCAUCACUUUGGUGAUAGCUCUCCAGCCAGGGAAAAGAGGCAGGACAAGUCAGGUGCUUUCUGGUGGUGGUUUUAAUGAGUCCCUGCCGACCACAGAUGCAUUUCUGGAUCUCAUCAGAAACAUGUUCCCAUCCAAUAUUGUGGAGGCUUGCUUCAAACAGUACAAAACUAGUUAUGAGAGCCGCAAUGGCACGUUGGUGCCCACACCGAGCUCCAGCAGUGGGGUCAAUGCUCUGGGCCUGGUGGUGUUCUCCACAGCCUUCGGCUUCGUGCUGGGCAGGAUGAGGGAGCAGGGACGGCCGCUGCGCAACUUCUUCGACUGCCUGAACGAAGCCAUCAUGAGACUGGUGGGCAUUGUCAUCUGGUAUACUCCUGUGGGAAUUUUGUUCCUGAUAGCUGGGAAGAUCUGUGAGAUGGAGGACCUGGGGCUGAUGGGUAGUCGUCUGCUGUGGUUCACGCUCUGUGUGAUCCUCGGCCUUCUGAUCCACAGCCUGCUAGCGCUGCCUCUGCUCUACUUCCUGGUCACCUGGAAGAACCCUUACCUGUUCAUGGCAGGCCUGCUGCAGGCGCUGGUCACUGCCCUGGGCACGUCAUCCAGUUCUGCCUCUCUGCCCGUCACCUUUCACUGCCUGGAGGAAAACAAUGGGGUGGACAAGCGAGUGACCCGCUUCAUGCUUCCAGUGGGGGCCACUGUGAACAUGGAUGGAACAGCUCUCUACGAGGCAGUGGCAGCCAUCUUCAUUGCUCAGAUUGCUGACAUGGAGCUCACUUUUGCGAAGGUCAUCACCAUCAGCAUCACCGCAACAGCAGCCAGCAUCGGUGCAGCAGGUAUACCCCAGGCUGGCCUCGUAACCAUGAUGAUAGUGUUGACGUCAGUCGGGCUGCCCACUGAACACAUCUCACUGAUCAUUGCCGUUGAUUGGCUGCUCGACCGCCUGAGGACCAUGACCAAUGUGUUGGGUGAUUCCCUGGGUGUGGGCAUUGUGGAGCAUCUGUCACGCCAGGAGCUGCAGAGCCAUGACAGCACUGAUGCUGGCCACUCAGAUGCCGAGGGAGCUGGGAUGUCUCACCUGUCUGUGAACCGAGACACGGUGCAAGUUCACAGCAGAGAAACUUCUGUGUGAGGAUACAGACGUUUCUUAUCAAAGUAUGCAUGAAGGACUUCAUCUUAAGUUCAGUCCUGUAGCGACCAUUUUGUUUUCUGAAGUGUGUUAUGUUUUGUCAUAAGAAUUUAAUCAUACGUUUUUAGUUAAUUACAGACUACAGUCCAUAGAUUGUUGGUGAAGCAUUUUAUUUAUUUUCAUAUCACCAAAAAGUGUUCAUGCUUGUGUGUUUAGUCUGCUAUUUUAAGGUGGUUGUGACAACUGCUGCAAGGUUUUGUAAUUGUACUUAUUUUGGUCAUUAUGCCACAAAUGUUAAUAGGCUGAGCACACUAUAAAAAAAAUCAAAUUGGAUUUAGGGUACAAGCAGUGUAAAUAUGUUGCAACUGUCAAAAGGUGCUGAUGUACAGUAUUUUGCUUUUUGUAUGUGUGAUACACAAAUCUUACACACACUCCUUGUCAUUUUACAGUUUAUUAAAGCUUUAUAAUAGUUCACAA